UGGGGCUCUGGGCAGCCUGGUCUGGUGUGACAUGUCCCUGCCCAUGGCAGGGGUUGGGAUUGGGUGGUUGUUAAGGUCCACUCUGACCCAAACCAUUCUACGGUUCCAUGUUGCUCCCUGUGCUCGAGGCUGCAGAGAACACGGAACCGGCUGCUCUGUGACAUCAGCCCAGGGCUGAGGGCGCCGCGGGCACUGUGGCUGUGCUGGUGCACGGAGGCUUCGCUCUCGCAGCUGACACGAGCCACGGGCAGCAAUGCUGCUGCUCUUCCUCCUCGUCCUGCUGGCCACAUGCAGGCCUGUGCAGGCCAUGUGGAACACGUGCGAAGGGAGCUGUGGGAUCCGGCCCUUGACUUCUGAUGAUGAGCGAGGCAUGACACGCGUCGUGGGUGGCAAAAGUGCUGAGGAAGGGGCCUGGCCCUGGCUUGUCAGCAUCCAAGAUCCCUCAGUUUCAGACACGGGACAUCUGUGUGGAGGGUCCCUCAUCAGCGUACAGUGGGUCCUUACAGCAGCCCACUGCUUUGCCGAGUCCAGGAACAUCAGUGCCAUGCGCCUGCUGAUCGGGGCAACCCAGCUGUCCGAGCCGGGCCCUGAGGCUGAGGUGCGCCUGAUCAAGCGGCUGCUGGUUCACCAGGAAUACAGUCCUGCCGACCAGAGCAAUGACAUUGCGCUGCUGGAACUGAACGAGCCUGUCCAGUGCAGCCCCUACGUCCAGCCGGUCUGUGUGCCCAACGGCACGCUGAGCGUGGGACAGCUGGACACCUGCUAUGUCGCUGGCUGGGGUGCCACCACUGCAAGAUCUCAAACAUCAAGUGAUGUCCUACAGGAGGCCAAGGUCCACCUUAUCAGUGUCCAGAUCUGCAACAGCAGCGAGUGGUACGGUGGGAGCAUCCACACCCACAACUUGUGUGCUGGCUACCCGGAAGGUGGCAUUGACACCUGCCAGGGUGACAGCGGGGGUCCACUCAUGUGCCAGGACAACAACGCUGACUUCUUUUGGGUCGUCGGUGUGACUAGCUGGGGAAGAGGCUGCGCCAGAGCAAAACGUCCUGGAGUAUACACUUCUGUUCAGCACUUCUAUGAGUGGAUUCUGAUCCAGAUGGAACUGCUUCCACAAGUACAGGAUUCUCAAGCAUCAGAAGGCUGGGUUCAUAUGAAUGUUCCAUGGCCCACUCUUAGGCCAUGGUCAACAGUACUCCCCACUCUUAAGCCAUGGCCAAGACCACCUCCCACUCUUAAGCCAUUGCCAACACCAUUGCCAACAGCAUUCCCCACUCACAAGCCAUUGCCGACAGCAUUCCCCACUAAUAAUCCAUGGACAGCAACACUGCCCACUCAGAAGCCAAGUUCGAUGCCAACACCAGUGGAAGAGAAUAACAGCUGCCCAUUUCCACUCAAGAAGCUGAUGGAAUUCUUCACUAAGGUCCAGGAGCUCCUGAAGAACCUACUGGGAAAUACAAUUUGA